CAUGGCUGCGCCCUUGAGCAGGUUGGAAAAUGUUGAGGAUGUUCACUGUCAGUGUAUAAACGUGUUUAAACAGCAGAGAUCAUAUUAAUAUCGGUGGAAAUCUCAAAUGUUGGUAAGAAGACUGUACGUUUUACGGAAAUCUCUCUCCACCUGCGGUGUUCAGGCCGCUGACAUCCACACCCAACUUUAUGAUGUCAUCGUGGUGGGCGGCGGUCAUGCCGGGACUGAAGCUGCGGCGGCCGCCAGCCGAGUCGGUGCAAACACACUGCUCAUCACACAGAAAAUACAAACUAUCGGGGCACUGUCGUGUAACCCGUCACUGGGAGGUGUCGGCAAAGGUCAUCUUGUGAAGGAGAUCGACGCUCUGGAUGGUGUGAUGGGACGAGCUGGGGACUGGGCCGGGAUUCACUACUCCAUCCUCAACCGCAGUAAGGGGCCCGCAGUGUGGGGCCCCAGAGCCCAGCUGGACCGCCAACGCUAUAGACACUUCAUACAGUCAGAGCUGUUGUCUACACCCAUGCUGACUGUCAUAGAGGGGUCUGUGGAGGACCUGUUGGUGUCUGUGGCUGACCCUGAAAAACCAGGAAGAUAUCAAAUUGAUGGAAUACGAUUGGCUCAUGGUGGAGGUGAAGUCCAUUCCCGCUCUGUGGUUCUGACCACUGGCACAUUCCUCUCCGGUUCUCUUUUCAUGGGGCAGAACUCUUCUCCGGGGGGGCGGAUGGGUGAUCCCCCCUCUUGUGCAGGUCUCUCUUAUAGUCUGAAAGAGAUUUUGGGAUUGAAGGUUGGCAGACUCCGGACCGGUACUCCUCCUCGAAUCCUCAAGGACACAAUCGACUUCUCUCUAACUGACAUUCGUUUGCCGGACUCAAAGCCCACUCCAUUCAGCUUCAUGAAUACACACACACACUGCAAGCCUGAAGAGCAGCUUCCAUGUUAUUUGACGCGCACCACUGCUGGAGUAGAGCGAAUGGUGAGAGAGAGCUUUCAAAACAACUCGCACAUCCAGCAAGACACUAAAGGACCCAGGUACUGCCCUUCCAUUGAGUCAAAGGUGCUGCGGUUUCCAGGACGACAGCACCAGGUGUGGCUGGAACCAGAAGGUCUGACCUCUGACCUCAUGUACCCUCAGGGUUUGUCCAUGACGAUGCCCCCUGACAAGCAGCUUUGUCUCAUCAGGGAGAUCCCUGGACUGCAACGUGCUGAGAUUCAAACUCCCGGUUACGGGGUGCAAUAUGACUUUGUUUGUCCGACUCAACUGUUCCCGUGGCUGCAGGUGAAGAGUGCUCAAGGUCUGUUUCUGGCUGGACAGAUCAACGGCACGACAGGAUACGAGGAAGCAGCCGCACAGGGUUUGUGGGCAGGGCUGAAUGCGGGCAGGACGUCUCUCUCUCUGCGCCCACUGUCUCUCUCUCGCACUCACAGUUACAUCGGGGUUCUGAUUGAUGAUCUGGUCGGUCGUGGAGUGACAGAGCCGUACCGCAUGUUCACGAGCAGAGCUGAGUUCAGAACGUCACUCAGACCCGACAACGCUGACCUGAGACUCACGCUCAGAGGGUUUGAGGAGAUGGGCUGUGUGUCUGAGCAGCGUUACACUGAAGCUCUUCAUGUUCGUAAGAGUCUGAAUGAGGCUUUAUCUGCUCUGCAGUCGGUCUCCAUGUCUGCCAGUCGCUGGAGAGACAAACUGGGUGAUUUCAACAUCAGCGAGACCAAGAGCACCAAUCUUAAUGGUGAGGAGGUGUUGCAGUAUAAAAAGGUUUCCUUCCAAAUGUUGGCCGCUGCUUUCCCAGAGAUCCUAUCUCCAUAUCUAGAGUUUUCAGAGAGGCUGAAAGUCGAAGCUCUGUAUCGUCCGCACUGUGAGAAGCAGAAGAGAGAGAUGGAGAGAAUGCAGGCAGAGGAGAGUCUGUGUCUGCCACAGGACAUCGACUAUCUCACUCUGCCUGUGUCCCUCUCGCAGGAGGUCCGAGAGAUAUUGGACAGCGCUCGACCGAACACAUUGGGAGCGGCCACCCGACUGCCAGGCAUCACCCCAGCGGCCAUCGUUCAUCUGCUCAACUAUGUGCACAGAGACAAACACAGGAAUCAUGGGACAAAGUUGCUUUGAUGAAAAUCCCCAUAAGCACGAUCAACGCUCAAAGGAAGUAUUUUAAAAAGGACCAAUAAAACCAAGAUGAAAAAAAAAACAAACAAAAAAACGACUUUAUUUAAUAACUAGAAAUUCUGUACAUCUGUGGAAUCUUUCAAGCUUUGAGAAUUGCUGAAUUUCUGCGGCACUCUGUUUCAACAGAGGCCAUGCAUUAUUGUUAUUAUCGAUACAGCCUUUCUCAAGAUAAACAGUUAUGAAGAAAAAUAAUGAAACAAGAUGAA